CGCGCCACCUUUCCCGCGGCGGGCGGGCGGGAGCGGGCGGGCGCACGGGCGGGCCGCGCCAACGGCUCUGCCCGGCUGGGCUCGCGGCGCCGGAGCCUCCCAGAUCGCGGGCGACCUCGGGCUCUCCCGCCGCGGGGAGAGGGGCGAGGCGCGCACACCCGGGCGCCCCUCGCGGCGCGGGCAGGUGGAGGGCGAGAGCGCCUCCGCCCCGCAGUCCCCUGCCGCCCCGCGGGCACAAUUGUCUUAAAGGGGCAGGGGCUCGGACCGCAGCUACCUGGGCCCAGACUCUGUCUCCUGCUGCCACCCCGUUUGGGGGACACAGGAGGUCUCAGUAGGUUUCUCAGCCCCAGACAGAGUGCAAGUAUUAAUGCACCCAGAGUCCUUUUGCAACUUAAUUCUUCUGGCCCACCUCAUCCUCCCACUGCUCUUGAACACACGCCUGCGGGCACGCUGUAGCUGCCACCGUUAGCAAAGUUUGAAGAGCCGUGUCCCGGGGUGUGCAAGGCUCGCUGCUGCUGGGAAACGCCCGCUGCUAUCCCCUUGACCCUGCCCUGUAACUGACCCUUGGAAAAAGCGCCCCCCCCCCCGCACAACUACUGCGCAUGCUCUGAGCUGGACAGCUCCAGAGAGGGAAAUUUAAAAACGGUUGGAGCUGAGACAGCGGCCAAAUUGCGGAACGCGAGGGGCUAGCGCGAGGGAGCCCCCGCUGGAACCCCCGCCCGCCCCGGAGCGCCAGCGGAGGCGGCCCCGCGAGAUCGGCUCCAGGAGAUGAUAGAAAGUGACAUCUCAUCCAUAAUGUCAGGAAUCAUUCGAAACUCGGGGCCAAAUCACCACCCUGCUCCACAGGAAUACAGGCUCCUGCCUUCCACCAGUGAUGACGACCUCCCUGGGGACCUGCAGUCCCUGUCGUGGCUCACAACUGUGGAUGUGCCUCGGCUGCAGCAGAUGGCGAGUGGCCGCAUGAACCCAGGAAGCCGUGGCAUGCCACAUCCACACCCAGGUGCCUUGGAUGGGACAGCUGGUCUGCAUGUAGGAGCUGCCCCAGGGUCUCUGCUUCACAGUCCAGCUGGCAUGGCCUCCCGAGGCAUGCUGGCUCUGGGCCCUAUGACUAGCCACGGGGCCAGUAUGAGCCAGUACCCAGUGAGGGGCCAGCCAUCAUCCAGCCUGCAGGAUGCUCCACAGCUCUACUCCCCUACCAUCCAAGCACAGUUCCCACUGACCUCUGGGGUCCAGCAGUGUCCUUCUAUGGGCCUCUACAGCUCCUCGUUUGGGGCGCGGCCUCCCUAUGCCCAGGCUCACUUGGCAGUGCAUUCGUCUCAGGAACCGCACCCCAAACAUUACCCCAAGCCCAUCUAUUCCUACAGCUGUCUGAUUGCCAUGGCCCUAAAGAACAGCAAGACAGGCAGCCUGCCUGUGAGCGAGAUCUACAGCUUCAUGAAGGAGCACUUCCCGUACUUCAAGACGGCUCCCGAUGGUUGGAAGAACUCCGUGCGGCACAACCUGUCCCUGAACAAGUGCUUUGAGAAAGUGGAGAAUAAGAUGAGUGGCUCCUCACGAAAGGGCUGCCUCUGGGCCCUGAACCUGGCCCGCAUUGACAAGAUGGAGGAGGAAAUGCACAAGUGGAAGAGGAAGGACCUGGCCGCCAUUCACCGGAGCAUGGCCAAUCCGGAGGAGCUGGACAAGCUGAUCUCAGACCGGCCAGAAAGCUGCCGGCGCUCUGGCAAACCAGGAGAACCUGAGGCCCCUGUGCUCACUCAUGCCGCCUCAGUGGCCAUGGCCCACAGCUGCCUGGCUGUCUCCCAGCUCCCACCACAGACACUGAUGACCCUGUCCCUGCAGUCCAUCCCCCUGCACCACCAGGUCCAGCCCCAGGCACAUCUAACGCCAGACUCUCCAGCACCAGCCCAGACCCCGCCCCUGCACGCCCUGCCAGACAUGAGCUGCAGCCCCGUCUCCCAGCCUGCCCUGGGCCGGGCCCCCAUGGACUUCAUCAACAUCAGCACUGACAUGAGCACGGAGGUGGAUGCCCUGGACCCCAGCAUCAUGGACUUCGCUCUGCAGGGGAACCUGUGGGAAGAGAUGAAGGAUGAGGGCUUCAGCCUGGACACGCUGGGGACCUUUGGAGACUCCCCUCUUGGCUGUGAUCUGGGGGCCUCGGGCCUGACCCCUGUCUCUGGCAGCAGCGAGCAGUCCUUCCCAGAUGUGCAGGUGACUGGUCUGUAUGCUGCGUACUCCACCCCGGACAGUGUGGCUUCGUCGGGGGCCACGUCCUCCUCCCAGUACCUGGGCACCCCAGGGAACAAGCCCAUAGCCCUGCUUUGAGCUCAUGGCCUCAACUACCCCCAGAGCCCUCUUGUAGCAGGCUUGGGCAGGAAAGAGGACUGCCCUGGGUGUUCCGGGAAGAAAGACCUCUCGCUGUCCCAUAGGCCUCUCCUGAACCUUUGGUUAGGCCGCAGGCUGGGCAGGGAAGCAGGCCUUCUCAGCAUGGUUGUGGUCUCUCUGGGCUCCUAUGAGGAGCUUCUGGAGUCCUCCCAAGUUGGAAGGACCAAGGAGAGUCCAGCUCAGCCUUUCCCUUGCCUCCAGGUCUACUCCUGAGGGUGGGCCUGCUCUAGGCUAGGCCCGUCAGGGACUUGAGCCCUGCAGACACUCAGUGGGAAGCUUGGAGGCGGGAGGGGCACAGGCUGAGCUGGCUGAAACCUCUCCCUCAGUGUCAGAGGAUGGGCCCAAGGCUGGAGAGGGGCUGGCGACCCCUGGGACUUCUCCUGGACCGACAGGCUGAACUCUGCAAUGAUUCCUGCUUGUGCAGCUCCAGCCCCACGCUUCAGCCUCUGUAGUAUGAUAGGAUUUCGUAGCGCAGCCUGCUGGGCCAUGCCAGGCACUGAGACCAUGUAUAAAUUUAUUUAUAUUUAUUGUGACCCAUUCUGUCACCCUGUGAACCCAGCUGGAGUAUGAGACUCCUCCAUCCCUCUACACAUCCCAGCCAUCCUGAAUCCUAAAUUAUCAGUGAAUCACAUCUCUCACAGGCUCACCACUGGUUGGCAACCUUGGGUUUCUUUUUAGAACAAGCAAGCACUUUUGAUAACUGUGAAGCAUUCUAUUUUUAAUACUAGAGAGCAGAUAUUUUUCUAACUGUCUAGUCAUGGUUCAGCUUAUCCCUAUGGACAGCUAGGAAGGGAGUGUGAUCUGGGGCUUGGGGAGGUCCCAAAGCCCAGUGGGGUGAGAGUGGGAGGAACAGGGUGGGGCUCUUUUGGUAAUGAGGCUUAAGACACCCCUGAACACUGGGAAGCAAAGGCAGCAGACUGGGGACCGCAUGAAGCUGGCCCACAUAGUGACUGUAGUGCAGGACAUUUAAUGGCAUUUGUUUCCUUGUCUCUUAGCCCUGUGCCUGUUUUUAUGUGUCUUCUCCCUUUUUUGCCAAUGACUGAUUUUCCAACUGGAAGGUUCUGGGGGGCGGGUGGUUAGUGGGAAUAGCGGUGAGUGGCUGGGGACAGCCUUCCCACGGGAGGCAGAAGCUGCCACUCCAGCAGCGAGGACACUGGCCUCCUCCCUGCCACCCGAUGCUUGGCUUCUGUGUCUGGGGUUCCCAAACCUACAGCCAGGAUGCUCUGAUCAGUGCCAGUCCAGACAAGUGACCUAACUGCAAGGCUGGCAUUACGCCCUGGCUUGAAGGCCUUAAAGUUCUGGAACCUUCUGCUGAGUGUCACGAUCCUGAGCGCCCAGCGCAUCCAUCUGACUUGUGCUGCUUUGUGUACCACGACCCCCACAAUUGUUUCAGUUGUUAAUGAAGAGCCCGUGUUCAGGCAGCACCAAGAACCCAGUAGCGUAGAAUUGGAUGACUAAGUGUCUUCUGUCAAUAAAGACUGA